CGUUGGCACGAUGAAAUUGUGCAACAACAUCAUCGACUACACCGUCCAGACCUCCGACCCAGACCUUUCGCUCUCUCUGAGAGUCACUGAACGCGUUCCCUGGUCAGAUGUCGCACCUCUCGCCGGCCCCAUGGGCCCCCUCGCUAUCCUUUCCCGCUUCCUUCCUCUAAACUGGCACGUCUUCUGCACCUCAAGUAAGGCAGAGUAUCUCUUCACCCACGCCGGCCGAACACACGAGGGUUCCGGUACGUCCCAUGUCGAGAAAAACUGGGGCGCGUCGUUUCCGCCCGGCUGGAUCUGGAGCCAGUCCUUCGCUGAUGCUGAGCCGAAGAAGAGCCUGUGUCUUGCGGGCGGCAUUGCGCUCCCGGGCGUGGAGGCAUACCUCAUCGGUUAUCGUUCGUCGCGACUACACUGGGACUUCCAACCGCCGUUCGCCAUGUCCAUCUGGCCGCUUCCUUCGUUCAUGCACGUUGAGCGUGACAGCAGAGCGGGCACGUUUAGGCUCACGGUGCGCACCUUUACCCGAAAACUCGUCGUCACAGAACAUGCGCCACUUGAAUCCUUCAUGGGCGUCGCCUGUCCGCUAGCGGAUGGCCACGAGCCGUCGUUUGCAUACGAAAGUUUCGUCGCACGCACUCGCAUAGAGGCAUGGGAGCGUUGGUAUCCGUGGCAGCCGUGGCAGCUUGUGGAGGAUGGCCCCUGUGGUGUCACGUCAGAAGGGAGGCCGUGCUCGGCACUCGAGUUCGGUGGGUCGUUCAGUCACCUUGUCAGAGAGAGGUCGAGAAAGGGCGAAAUCUGACUGGAGAACCGCUAGGAACUUGUGACCUGCUGGCGCUGAACACAUUAUUCAUGCCUCGGAGCUGGGGACCCUGCUACAUGAAGUUCGAGCCCUUCGCCUAUCUUCAUACGACGUCAAGGGGGUAGUGCGUAUCAGAUUAAACGAUGGAUCAGUUGGCUCCCAGGCUAUGUAGCAUCGGGAACUUGGGCCGUAGACUUGGUUCUAACAGUUUGGUGCUGGGUUCGACGCUGACCAGGGAUUAGCUGUACUGGUCAUGG